UAGGCAACUAGACGCGGAAGUUAGAGGGCGGACCGAACAACACGGAGCUAAUCCUUUUCGUUUCUAAUGAAAACACGCAGAAAACAAUCGGUUAUUGUUAAGUACAGCUACACAAACUAACAGAUAUUUAUUUUUUAGCUCUUACCUGCAGGAGAAUGCCCGGUUUUAACAGGGUUGGAGUUCUUUGUGCGGAUGAAUUUGAUGCUGAAAGCGGUAAGAAAAUCGCGUCAGAUGGAGGACGGAGGAGCAACGGGGCGGUGGAGGUUUUCGGGGCGGUGCUCACGCUGCUGUCGGCGGCCUUCAUCCUCCUCACCUUCCCCCUGACAGCCUGGAUGUGUGCGAAGGUGGUUCAGGAGUACGAGAGCGUCGUGAUCUUCAGACUGGGCCGAGUAGUUAAAGGACGAGCCAAAGGACCUGGUCUGCUGUGGUUCAUCCCCUGGCUGGACGUCAUCCGUAAAGUCGACCUGAGGACCGUUUCCUUCAACGUCCGGCCACAAGAGAUCCUGACAGCAGAUGGAGUUCCUCUAAUGGUGGACGCCAUCGUGUUUUACCGCGUGGUCGACCCGUUGCUCUGGGUGAUGCAGGUUCAGAAUGGCUACCAGGCAACGGUGAAGCUGGCCCAGACGACGCUGAGGGCGACGCUGGGAGCAAACACUCUGAUGGACGUGUUGACACACCGGCCAGGCAUCGCUAAGAGGAUGGAGGAGGUGCUGUACAGGGUGUCCAGACUGUGGGGCGUCCGGGUGGAGCAGGUGGAGCUCAAAGACCUGACGCUGCCCGUUAGACUGCAACGCUGCAUGGCUGCAGAGGCUGAAGCUGCCAGGACAGCCAGAGCAAAGAUGAUCGUAGCUGAAGGGGAGGUGAAGGCGUCUUGUGCUUUAAUGGAGGCGGCAUCGGGACUUUCAUCGGUGGCGUUUCACCUCAGAUACCUGCAGUCGAUGUCCUCCGUCCCCAGUGGAACCUCUGUCGUGGUCUGCUGCCUCCCCAUUGAGCUCCUCGACGUCUUCAUUUCCCAGCAGGAUUAACUCAACACAAGCUUCUGAGCUGGAAAUCUGCAGGGAAAAAAGGUGCAGAGAGAUCAAAUAUGUGAAAGAAACCAAAGGAACAAAGCCGUCUGAGCAUUAUAGCUUCAUUAGCUCCUUAAAAUGUUCGUGUUGUUAAGUUCUCUGGCUGUUAAAUGAACUUCAAAUGUGGUAUUAUUUGUAAAUAUGGACUGUAAAUGCAUAUGAAAUACUUGAAUAAAGUUGAUUUUGAUUUUAAAA